AACCUUGGAUACCACUCAACUAGAAAUGCUUAUUUUCUGGUCUAUACGACCCUUUGUGCCAUUUCGUUUUCUCAAAAUCUUACUAUUAAACCAUAUUUCGUUUUAUCCUAUGGCAAUAUAAUCUGACACUUUCCGUACUUUAAUUCGUUAAAAUUCCCGUAAAUUUAGGGCCAAUCUCCGACAAAGAAAUUCACGAGAAAUUUUAAUUUUAAAACCGGAUUCAGACAAAAAGCACAAGAGUCGAGAGACACUGUUGUUAGUCGACCUGCUGUAAUAAAUAAAAACAUUUUGCAAUCGAUAGGCCGUUUGCUUGUUCACGGGAUUGUUACUUUAAAAACGGCACCGUCUCUUCAUGAAUCGUAUACUUUGCACUACAAUAUUUUCUCAUAUAAAAUACCAGCAUUCGUUCACUUCACGGGAUGGACUUUGUACCUUGCUGAAACUUUCUCCAAAAGCACAAAUUAAUGGCUUCACAAAGAACCGCUGUGUUUCCGACACCUCUGGUCUCAUUCGUGAUCGUAUUCAUUAUCUUAGAAGCGACGACGACGGUAGACGCUAGAGAAUUACGACCGGCGGAUCACGGACUAGAGUACUACUACGAGCCAAGCGAAUCAUCAUCGGAAAUGACGUCCUUCUUUGGACCCCCUUCUUGGAACGAGCUAGAUUCGACACCAUCAUCGUCGUCACCUUCUGGCUCGAUAUUGCCUAGUGCGGUGAAAUCUCCAGUAGUGACGUCGGCACCAAAAGACCGGGGAGAUGAUGGUCACCUGAUGAAUCACGUGCUGGUUGUGGGGAGCUUCGUGUGUGGAGUCACCGGUGUGGCUUUGAUGGUGGCUUCUGCUCUCAUUUAUUUUCGUCCAAAAUUACAAAAUUCGUCUGUUACUUGUGAUCAGAUUCAUAAUGAUACCAAGUAGGCGAGUUCAUUAUUUCUAAAAUUGUUUCUCAAAAAAUAAUGAUGCGUUUGUCUACAUACUAAUGUGAAUCGUUAUUGAUGUAGAAAGCAAACAUCUUUAUUAGACCAUGAUUAAUGGAAGAUUUUUAGGGUGGGGUUCUUAGUAGAAUAUAUAAUCGGUUAAAAUAUUUAAGAACAUGUUCUUAAGUUU